CUGCUUCCAAUGCCAAACAUGCCCCCGAUGCCAGAUGCCCUGAAGGGCGGAGGUGCCUGGUCCGGCAGCGCGGGGGGGAUGGUGAGCCAGAAGCUGCCUUCCCUAGUUUUGCAGCAUUUCUAUAUGCUGAGCCCAACUCCAGCUCCUGGUGGGACUCGUGGCCACCAGAUGCUGUGGAAGCUGCCAGUGCAGCCAGCCUCAGGGGUUGGACAACUCCUUGGAAGAAAAGGGCUUCGGGAGCUACUGAAGCGAGGGGCACACCCAGAAAGAGGGAGCCUCUGAAUCGGAACUGCCUAGACCUUGAGUGCUGGAGGCUGCUGGGCAGAGAGGAGCCUGGUCAGACCCAGUUCACUCCCCCUUUCAGCACCUGCCCCUUGCCCCCAUGUGCCAGGUGACCAGGCAAGAUAGACUGACCCAGUCAAUGGCAAAUCUUAUGUUCUUGCAUACGGGCCCAGCACUGCCAUAUGCUAAAUAUGAAAUUACCACAUUGGAAGCUCAAAUUAUAUUUUCCGAAAAACUAUCAUACACUGAAAAAAAAAAGUAUGCAAAUAAAUCUUAUUUGUAUUGCUCACUGUAACUCAACAGUGAGAACUGGGUUAAAGUCAAAGCAUUUCUUUAGUUUGAGGCAAGCAGUCAUACAAAAGUGCUGACAGUGAACCUGAAAGUCAGUUACAAUUCCCUGAAAGUGACUUGGGUUUUGUAUAUGCUGCAUCAUUUAACUGCCUUAAAAAUAUCUUACACUUUGAACACUUCACUAUUAUCUAUUGUGCAUCAUCCAAGGGUUGAAAUGAUUGUACAAAUACAAUAAUUACCCUACACCUGGCGGUGCUGUAUGGGUCUCCCUUGGGAGAAUCUAAAGGACAACAACCUCCCUGGGGAGUAGUGUAAGGGGGAAGCUCUCAGGAGGGGCACUAUGGCCCCUGCUAGGUUUCAUAUAUGAUGCAAUUAAUUGAUGAAUCAUGCAAUAGCUGUAGACUGGCCACAUGUGCAAAGUAAUGACCUUACCAUAAAAAUGUCUAUCUAGCUAUAACAAGAGCCAACCAGCUACCAAGUCUGUGCUUGAAAAGGUGUAACAAUUUUAUAGCUGGUUUCUGUCCAGCUUAAAUUUGAACGUGUGGCAUGGCCCUAUGAGAUCUUAUUAGGCAAGACUUCCCUGACAUCCGAGUUAAUUCCUGCUGCCUCUGUACUGGGAUGAAACCCAGGCUUGGAAAGGAACAAGGAGCCCUUAUCCCCAACUGUAUUAGCAAGCAAUUGAGCCAGAAGAGGAGCUCAGGGAGUGAAUAGAGUCUCAGAGUAUAGAGAAAUGGAAAAAGGUCCAUGGGUUCCUUCAUUUCCUUUAGAACUGGUCAGUGCCCUGCCCCUAGAGUGUACAUUUUCAGGAAGAAGCACUAACUGGGAAUCUGACCAGUCAGUAAUUACUCUAUUUCUGCCCCCAGGCUCUACCACAGCCUCUGAAUGGCUCAGCUACAGCUGGCCUUGUAUACACAUGUGGAUUCUGUGGUGGCAUCUCCUGGUCUUCCCUUGAUAGGGCAGGAGAGGUAUCACUCCAAGGCCCUUGGGCAUCAGACCCAGCUUGAACACCUGAAGAACAACUUCCAGCAGCAAUUCCUCCAUGACAAAGAGGAGAGGCUGAAGGGUCUGUGCACCCACAAAGCCCAGAGCUAUUCAUGCUCUCUCUCUGCUGGGAGCAAACAACAGAACCCUGGGCAGGCCAGCUUCUACUCUGCAGGACCCCACAGCAGAUACCCUACCAAUCAGGCCAAUACUCUGCCUUCCAAAUGGAUAGCCAGGCGAAGAGGAGUGGACCGGUCAUACCCCCUGAAACCAGUCUUUUACUGCAAGGCUGGAAAUGUUCCAGUGGCAAGUGCUGGUCAGCUCAGAAGUCCCCAAGCCAUGGAGGGUUCUCCCAGUAGCAGGUCUAGCUCAAAGAACAAAGGGAAUUUUACAACAGCCAGGGCCCUGCCGGAUACAGAGGCAUCACCUUGGUCAGCAGAGCCUAAGCAUUCAGCCUCUCGUUUGGACAGACCAGAGUUGGGUUACAUUCAAAGGUUGGAGGCAGCUGGACAGAGCAUGGAGGUGGAGAUCCGCAGGAAAGAGGCCCUCCUCUGGGAGAAGCUAAAGAGAACAGAGGAGGAACUCAGAAGGAUCCAGAGAGAGAGGGAGCAGGUGGAGGUGGAAGAGAGAAAGGCAACAGGGGUGCUGACAGAGGCACGAAAGAUGCCUGAAAGAAAGGAAAAUGUUUGCAGAGCUACCACCAGACCCAGUGAGGGGUGCUAUAACCAGGGGCAGUCGCCAGAGGGUGCCAGUCUUAUGACUGGCAUCAGUUUCCUUCCCUGGGAACUGGGCAUUGAGAGACUCGAGAAAGAACGGCUGGUAGCCAGCAAUAACAAAAUUCGAGACCACAUCCCUCUGGAGAGCUUGGCCUCCCGCCCAGAGCUGGUUUUGAACUAUAGCCAGGCUCCAUCUGCAGCAGCUCUCUCCCACCAAGUCUUAAGCCACUACCAAGCAGCAGAGCCAUUGUAUGUGCAGGCCCCCACUGCUGCAGAGCAAGGGGAGCUUGGACAAUGUGGUUUCUGUAGGCGCCAAUUUCUCUGCUUUAGGCUGGAGAAGCACAAGAACAUCUGCAGCAAGAAUCAGGGCUCCAGAAGGAAGGUAUUUGACUCAAGCAAGGCCAGAGCCAAGGGCACUGAACUGGAGCAAUUUAGGCAAUGGAAGGCCUCAGACAUCCCACAGGAUGAGCCACCUCAGACAAACAACUGGAGACAGAAGCAUGAGUAUUUCAUCCGGACCCUGCGCCAGGCCCGCCAGGUGCAGCAGGUGCUGUCCAGAGGGGGAAAGCUCUCAGACUUGCCCCCACUGUCCCCAGUAGAGAACCCAGACUAUGUCUCCUGCCCCCACUGCAGCCGCCGCUUCGCACCCAAAGUGGCUGAGAGACACAUUCCCAAAUGCAAGACCAUCAAAAACAGACCCCCACCCCCACCCCAAAGGAGACGUUGCUAAAUGGGAUCUGGCCUCACCAGGGUCUGCCCUGGCUGCUCUUACAGCCUCAUUUUGUGCUGUCACCCUUCCCCAAGCUGGCUGCUGUGGUAUAAGAUAGUCCCAUGUACAAGGAGCCAUGGACAGCGUAUUAAAGUUUGUGUACUUUGAGCUGCG